CAAUAUCAUCGUGUCCAGUUCGAAAAGAAUCGAUCAGUGUCGAAUUUCCACAGAGAAAAAUCCGAAAAAACAUCCGGAAAACCCUAGAAACAUCCAGUGUUGUUGAAAAUCUUCAGUAAACCUCCAAAAAAUUUUAUUAUCCUUUGAAGUAAAGCAAGUUUCUUUAGAACAAAAUUAGGUUAAUGUGUAGUAAAGUGAUUUUUGAACGAAAAUGACACAGAAAUUCCCUGUAAUCAUAAAACAAACAUCUUUACUAGGGAUUCCAAACUAAAAUCAUCUGCUUUAGAUAGUUCCAUUUCCUGUAUUUAAUUGGGAUCUCAAUAAAACCUCUUUUUAUGGCUCACAAACAUUGACAGUUAAUUUAUAAGGGAUAUAGAAAAAUGCAAGUUUAAAUUAAACUAAAUUAAUCAAGUUAUAGUGCAUCUAGGAAUAACAAAAGCUACGAUAGAGUGACAGUGCUUUGUUUUAAAACUGUUAGAAGUGGCCCGAAAUGUUUGUUAUUUUACCUAAUGUAACGGAUAGUGUCCGUCCAAAAGCGCGGUGUGUUUAGGGGAAGAAUAUAUCGAAAAUGAACGAAGGAAAGUGGAUACCAUGACGACGUUUUUUUUUAAACAAACAUGGAUUUAUAUUUAACGACAAAGAUUUGAUUUGGAGAACAUCAAUCCAAUCAUAAAUACACUAGCCUAUGUUGAUUUGCGUCGAAUAUUUGAAAAAAUAUGCUAAGAACAAGAAGAAGAGAUAAUAACGUCAAGCCUAAUAGAAGGGAUUCCAGUUUUAAGUCUAGGUUGGACAGAAAGUCUUCCAGAGGUAUGUUGUACGAAAAUGAAGAACUGAGGCUCAAAACUAUUAAUAUCAAUGCUGAAAUCGAAAGAGGUCAAUCAGAUAUUAAGAAACUAAAAAGGGAAAAUGAGAUGCUCAAAAAAGAAAUAUGGUGCUUGAGAGACGAGUACGACAAGCUGGACAAACUUUUAAAAGACAAAAAAAUGGAUUUUUCAUCGUCCUCAACCACGUAUAGUAGUACCAGUGAUUCUGAGAGUUGCUCAAGUUGUACCGAGGAAUCCGAAGAGGUGGAAACAUCGCAGAACAUUCAAAACGUACAAAAAACUAAUCUUAAGAAUCUUAGGAACCAAUUCGAUCAUCUAUCUAUAGUUACAGAGGAAACUUCUUGUGAAAAUUCUGACAGGAAUUCUGUAAACACUAGGCAGUCGGUGAAUAACGAUCACACCGACAACUUGAUGUGGAACUACAACGACAAGGAAGCCAUUAAACCUGAUCAAAGUUACCCAGUUUACGGCUUGGUUACCCAGAAUCGAUCUCAAACGUUACCCAACCAAGCCAACUUGAACUAUUUCUCACCUAUUCAGCACUCGAAGAGCUUCGAUGACAACCACUUCAAUCAGGCCCAUCAUGAACCGAUAUACCCCGAAGAAUAUUACAAUCCAACCCUGUCAUGUCAGACUAAUAUACCUUCACAAACACCACCUAUAGCUAUAAGUCCAAGCCCACCACCCCAUUACGAGAACCAACAGGUGGUGUAUACAGGGCCAGAGAAAGACAGUUUUUUAAGCAAAAAAAUCGUACAAACCAACGCAAGUAAUUUCUAUCAAAAUAUGGUUUUGGUACCGAAAAAUCAUCGGAAAUCGCCCGUUGAAAUUAAAGGAUUGGAAAAGAAAGCUACAGACUUGAUAGUGAAAAUAGAUAAUCAGAAUUUUAGUAAAAACCUCACAUAUAGCAAUACAACACCCAGUACAACGUUUUCUAAUGGAGGAAAUCUAGAGGAGUUAUUACAUGACAUCGAGUCGAUAUCACAGGAUAUACUGAAGCUAACGCAUUUGCAGAGAGGCAUCCAACAGUGUACCAUGCCAACGAUCCAAGAACCCAUCCUAGAGAACCCGUUCUAUGGUACUCAAGGCCAAGGACACGACCUGCCGUACCCCUCAGAUUCUAUUCUGAAUCGGUUGAUGAAUGAGAGCAUCAACAGCGAGAUUCAACAGAUGACCGCCAGUCAGGAGAGACUACAUAAGAGCGAGUUGAAUGUAGUGUUGAUGCCCAAGGCAAUGCCCUUGAUUGGAUUUGACAAAUACAAAAAUAUUCAUAGAAGCCUGGAUAGCUUAGACUCUAAACAACUUGAAAACAUGUCCGCAUCCCAACAAAACUUGUGUCUAAUCCCCCCACCGCCUGAACCUGUUGAAUCUGACAGUCCCCAUCCAGUUCUCCACGUUAAUUUACCGGUACCGCCCACGCCGUACCCCGUGACAAGCAGCCCAAACUAUAGUACAAGCAAAAUGGAGAACCAGGAGCACAACCCUUUUUUCUUCGGCAAUCUCAACGAUAACUAUGUCAAUUCGGAUUAUUUUAACAGACGGUACAACCCGGAUAAUUUUAUACACAAGACAACACCGGAAACUGCCGUUCCGGUCGUUCUAACUCCAUUAAAUGAAGCCCGACAAGACAAAUCUUCAGUAGUUCAACACUCUGAUCACGUGGUUGAAAAUGAGGAGAACAUUAAAUUAAAAACGUCCAAACCCGAAACUAGGGAUAAAGAAAAGAGAGACAACGUUGUCAGCAGCAGCAGCGAGAAGAAAAAGGAUAACGGCAAGUCUCCCAAGCUCAGCAUUACUAGGAAGGUAUCCAUUCACUUCAAAGGGAAAAAAGAAAAGGAAAAAUUGAAGAAAUUGGCAAUGGAGAAUAGCAGUCCGGAGACUAAAAGUAGCAGUUCCAAAACGAUACAGGACGGGAAAAAAUUGUCGUUAUUUGAUUUCAGUUGUUGUAGAGUGAACAACGACACAUCCAAGGAAAAAUUAGAAUCCAAGGAUCCAACAACCCCCAAACCAAGCAAACACAACGAAAAACCAUCGAAACUCUUCCACCAAAAAACACCUAGUAUAGAAUCUCGUAAAUCCACGACGGAAACAUCAAAUUUCGACCCAAAAACACCCAAUUCCACGACAGAUAGUGAUAGGAAAAAUGCAGAAAAACGAGAAAAAGAUGCAGUGAGCAAGAAAGAAGACAAAAAAGGGAGGAAAAGUGUGUCUGUUAGUCCGGACAGGAUAAAACAUGUCCAUUUAAUGCACGAAGGUUCCGGCAUGAAAAAGCACAAAAAACACCGAAGAGAACGAUCUGGAGCAUCCAGAACGCAUCGUGCCUCUAUAGAUCCCAGGUUUCGGGAACGAUCGUACUCAAUCUGCACCGACAGAUCCCUCGUGGGACCUGCGGGACUUGGUCUGGGCUACGGGAGUUUCCUUUAUGACGAAUACAGUGACAGGGAACGCACCAACAGCGGGUCUUCCUGUGAAUCCCAGCAACACGACCACCACAGGAAAAUGUCGAGCAUUUCGAACGUACCAGUGAAUGGGAAAGUACCGUGGUGCGGGUGUUGGGGAAAUGGGUGCCUGUGACUGAUAAUAUAGACUCCGAUUUUAUAUCACGAAAGAUUAUAACAAUUACGUCAAUAAUUUUAGAAUAUAGUUCAAUUUACAGUAUUUGAAAAAGAACCAAUAUAUUUUAAGAAAAAUAGAAAUAAUAGUUAACAUUUUUUCUAUGUUUUUUAGAUAUACUUGCAGGGUGUAAAAAUAAAUGGUGUACCAAACUUAAGCGUCUGAUUCUAAGGGUAGAUAAACAAAUUAUAUUUUUCUUAUUUUUAAAAACCGUUUUUCUUGAAACUGGCUGUUCUUAUACAGAUUUUAAUGGCCAAAGCGAAUAGCGAUGACGUAAAAAUCUGCAACAGUUCUGAAAGGGUACUGUUUCCAUUAGGGCUGUAACCCAUACGAACCAUUUCUGUUAUUUUAAUUUUGGUGCACUAUUUAUUAUAAGUAGACAAUAGUCUCAACUUCUAUAAGAUUAAAUAUCACUCAAACCAAAAGAUAGCUUUAAACUUUUAAAUUACCUAAAAAAAAUUAAAAAAAUUGUAUGUGCACAAUGUGCGCAUAUUUGAUCUAGUCAGGGAUUCUUCUGAGAAUAGACCUAUUAUCAAACUUCAAACUGGUCCAACUGCCAAGCGCGGGCCUUUAUAUACCCUACUGAUUGUUUCUCGAACCUUCUGUAAUUUUCGAUGCUUUUCCGCCAUCUACCAGUAAAUUCUAUUGUCUGAUUCGCUUACUUGUCGACUUGAUUAAGAGAUGGCGCCUAAAAAUGCCUUGGGGAAUUCGCCAUGUUUCUUGACACGUUGCGGCAAUGUAGGCAACCAGCAAUACAGUUUAGCGCCACAUACAGCUUGACAAUAUAAAAUCCUAUCUUGAUUUUCAUGCGGCCGUUAUCCGUUGAUACGAUGAUCCGACGGCGCUCUGAAUGGUCGGUAGCGUUUUCGCGCCACUUUUCAUCCGUAAAUGUUUUACUCCAGCCAGUCAACGGAGAAAUAUCGUACGAUAACAGAUGUUUUGACACUUUUUUGAUACAUUUAAUCUAACCUUAAUAAAAAUAUGUAAAAUCGCUAUUUUUGGGGCUUACUCAACCGGGUCUCACAAUGCAA